GUGUUCUCUAUUUUUUUUUAGUUUGAAAAUUGUUAUACUCAAAAGCCUAGAUUGUACAUGACAUUUUGGUCAACAAAUGGAUCUCCAGAACAACUUUUGGAGACCCUUCAAUCUGGAAAUGAACCUGAAGGCGUUUAUCGGGUUAUAAAACUGUUAAAACGGCGACCUUUAGACUGGGCGAGCUGUGUUGCUCGUAGUAGAAUAGAAUUUGAGAAGUACUACAACCACAAGGCCAAACAAUUGCUCCAUGCAUUUCCUUUGGAUACAAGGGUCAAGGAUGGAUCGCUGUUUUGGCAAAGCCCCAAGAGACCACCAAUACCACAACAGUUCAGCACUAAAAAUGAAUUACAUAUGCUUUUCAUAAAAAGUAGCAGUAAACUUCACGCUGACACUUGUGGCGUCAAGUACACAACACAGGAUUUAAGUGACAGUCGCAUUAUCGAAAUACUCCAGGAUGUCGAAGUCCCAGAGUUCAGGCCAAGUUCAAAGCAAAUUGAAACCGACGAAACGGCAUCAAAACAAUCUGAGUCAUCUAAUCUGUCGGCUGAUGACGUCAAUAAGUUAAUACCAGAUCUUAAAGACUUGAUAGCAAAAGGAAUAAAAUCUAGCAACGGUAGGUAAAUCAAGGCACUGUCUAAGACACUCCAUCCGUGCAACUGAGAUAUGGCAUUGCUGCCUGAGAUAGACAUAUGUUUCUUUAUACCAUGCCAUUGAAAAUACAGCGAAUCAGAAUGCCGGAAAGCUGUUAUACAUUCGAUGGUAUUACGUGCAACCUUUUCAUCAUGCGCCGCGCGUAUGUCGCAUUGAUUGUGUUGACCACUGUAUUUGACGUGGUACAAAAUAGUUAUACAACGCUCUCUCGUGGUAUACCAUGGAAUAUCCCACUUGUCACUUGUAUUUUCUCCAUAUACACGCUUGCCUAGCAUCUAUGUGAGCUGCUGUGUUUAGUCCUUUUCGCUGUGUGCAAGCACCGUUUUGUGACUAUCACUUGUUUCAGGCCGGCUGUUAACCAGGGAGGGGGGCGGGGAGGGUCUAUGUGAAAGUGUCGGCGAUGCACGUCGCACGAUUUGAAUUGUAGACCGCUAAAGGAGACCAAAGGGUAUGACUAAAGCAUUACUUGAAACUUAAAUGAUAUUAUUCUAACAACAUUUUCAUGCCUGAUAGGUGCGCACCACCAAACACAGUUUGACAGCGUUUUCAUUUCUUUGCGUGCAACCCUUAGCGAUACCUUGACGGCUGAAAAUAUUGGCCUUCCGCCCUGAACACCCGCACUGAUAGAAAAUUUGCAAUUCAAACUCGUAACCCACGCGACGAGCGUCCCUGACCCUUUCACACAACAAUCCGUUAUCUCCAAGGAAGGGGGGAGCGGCGCUAUUGGUCGCUCAGACAUC